AUGAAUAAACAGGACUUCCACAAUGAAUCAUUGGAGUGUCAGUUCUCAUUUAGAUUUCCAUCUGAAUCUUCACCACCAAACGAGAAUAUUGACAACAAUGACAAGCCGAGUUGUGAUGACCAAGAUCUUCCAGAAUUUCCGUUCUCCGUCUCGCCAAACUCACCACCACAAUCCAGAAAUCCACUAGUUCACUACUCAUCUGAAUCUGAAUCCGACAAUGAUGACAACGGAUCCAUCACUGGUGACAUGGCUUGUAAAAGGAAGGUUGUCAACACUGAGUCCAAUCUUGACCAAUCUCCGAAAAGAUCAAAGGCUGAGGGACUGCUCCGUUACUUCAAAAGAGAGACGAAGGAGGAACAUGAGGACCGUUUGAAGCACGAGGCUGAAGCUGACAAUGAGCGAUUUGAGGCUGCGAUGAUGAAAGCAGAGCGCCGGAAAAUGAGGAUGGAAGAGGAAAAGCGAGAACAGAAUCGACUGCGGAAGCAGAAAAGUCGAGCGCGAAAACGAAAACAAGAGAUUGUCCAGGGUAUAAGAGAUGAGGAUGGUCAGCUGCCCAAGAGACAAAAAACCAUGGACCUUCAUGAUAUUACAGAGGCAUUUGAUGUUGCGGAAGAGUCACGACCAGCGCGGGCCAUUGCUGAGAAGAUAAAAUUGAAAACGAGGAAGGCUGCUGGUCAUAAACUAUUGGAGAACCCGGUUCACGAAAAGCGCCCUGCAAGAUAUGUGAAUUGGUUGACACCAUUCUGUUGGACCCAGAUCAAGACUGUGGCGAAAAAGACAGGGAUGAGUCCUACUGAGAUCGUGCGAGAGUUGAAAAAAUGA